GUUUGAUGGACGUUCGCUGAAUUUGGGAAAAUGCCAAUAAAUGAAGUUGCAUUUCUGUCACAACACGAAUACGUUCAAAUAUAUUUUCUGUGAUGUAAUUCCUAUUACGGAUUGAAUAUGAAUGUCAAAAAAUAAUAAUAAUAAUGACGGAUUUCCUGACAAGAUAUCUUAUCGUUUCUAAGUUUUCCUGCUUCCGCUCAGGCUAAUUUUUGACGUAGGUACACCUACUUAGUGCCGGUUUGGAGCACGUGAAUUUUGGUAAUUCGUCCCGUGCGUAAGAGUCCUUGCGGAAACGUAAAUUGUAUGCUUCAACACCAGCAAAAUGAUGCGUGUUGUUGUGUGCACGUUGUUGUUGGCGAGCUGGUCUUACGGUGGUCCAGAAGAGGAGGAGGGAGUGAUAUACGCAAACAAAUGUGAAACGUGCAAAGUCCUGGCCACGGAGCUGGAGUCCCGCCUCGCCGAGACGGGCAGGUCCCACGACGUGGUCGAGAUCGGCUACUCGCUGGACGAGAGCGGCAGGAAGAGGACCAAGUACAAGAAGUCUGAGCUGCGCCUGGUGGAGUCCCUGGAGGGCGUGUGCGACAAGAUCCUGGAAUACAACAUCCACAAGGAGCGCAAGGACAGCACCCGCUUCGCCAAGGGCAUGAGCCAGACCUUCCAGACGCUGCACGGUCUCGUCGACAAGGGCGUGAAGGUGGAGCUGGGGAUCCCGUACGAGCUGUGGGACAAGCCGUCCGCCGAGGUCACCAACCUCAAGACCCAGUGCGAGACCAUGCUGGAGGAGAACGAGGACGACCUGGAGCGCUGGUACUUCGAGCUGCAGGAAGCCGUGCCCCUCAAGCGGUUCCUCUGCUCGGAGCGCGUGCUGCGCGGCGCGGACAGCUCCUGCCUGGACGAGGCCGUGCCGGCGGGAGCCAAGGGUGACGCGGGCUCCCGGCGGCCCGACGACGAGCUGUGAGCAGGCCCCCCCCCCGGACCGUCGCCGAGGUCACCUGGCGUCCGCGAGACACACUGCACUCGGGCACUCACCUGGCGUCGAGGGGUACUAGGCCCCACCAUCUGGGAUCCUCACAUCUCCGCGCCAGGAUUACAAUCUCGAACUGCCCGUCGCAGUGUUUCGGGCGCGUAGACACCUCCUGUACCUCGUUGCAUGUAGCCCAGCACUUACCGACAGUCUCUAGUCCGCAAGGACGCACCCUCGUGAUAACCACACCACUUCAGCGAAGUAGCAGACACUCGAGUCGAGUUUUAGCACGGAAGCUGUAGUGCAGGUGUUAUCAAAAUAUUUGAAAUCCCAAAUGGUGAGGCCUAGUCCUUGUGAGACUAUUAGGUCUGCAGAAAAACCUCAGUGCAUACUUGAAAAAAUUAAACCCAAAGUUUAGUACAGUUUGCACUGAACUGUUUGUAGAUGUUGAAACAUCUCUUAGGUAUCAGAAAAUAUGUAGGUAGUACUUUAUAAAGCGGGAAAAUGUGUGAUGAGGUCCAUGCAUUCUGUUGGAUUUCAUUAACCUCAACAGUGUAACGUCACAUUUUUUUUUUUUUGACAGUUAUGUUAAACUGCUUAGCUUAGGGAGGGGAGGUGGUCCGUGAUUGCAGGCGUGUCUACGAGUGCCGUCACACAUACGUUUCCCGCUGAUCGUGCUGACUCAUGUUCCGAGAAUAUGUUGUGGUGGCACGAGUUGGACUCCAAUUACCUGAAUUACAAAUGCAUACGCGAAGCAAAAUUAAACAUGAGAAAAUCUAGUACAAAAAUGACCCAAUAUUUGCAGGAAUGUGCAAAUUUCAAGUUAAAAACUUCGUCCCACAUGCCUCCAACUAGGUAUUUAUAUUUGACGCGCUACUGCAAACUGAAAUGAGGCAUGAGGAUACAAAAAACAAAAUGCAAUUCAGCUAAAGGUAUCUGCUGAUUAAAGUUUCGUGGCUUCAGCGAUGUUACUGUUCAUUUGGGGACGUUGGGUGACCAUUCCUUCAUUUUUUUUACUGUUUCGUGGUCUUGUUUAUUCCAAACGAUGUGAAGGGAAAAUAUUAAAAUAAUAAUCUCUUUGGUUCUGUUGUGUGGCGGUGUUGUACGAGGCAGAAGCACGCUACUUAAAUAAUGUGCGCCUGAAGCAAUGGCCAGUACGCUUGCGCCAGGCACACCGCGAAUAAGGAUCAACGACAAAUGUCUUCACCUUGGAAACUGGCGACAGACUGAAAGUACUUGGUUGUAAUAUGUAAUGUUAAUUCAUGUACGUAAUGACAUUUUUUUUUGUUAAUGAGUGCCUCUUGAAAGUGUACUUUAUUGUUAUCGUGUAAAGUAUCCUGGUUUUUAAUAUUUUGUCUCGAGACACAGUGAAUGUAAAAAAAUAUAUUGUUUAUGAUUUGUCUGUCUUUGUGGAUAAAGUUUGGUCCACAGCUGGCUUAGUUUGUAAUAUUGUAUGUGAUUUGCAGGUUGUUUAAGUGUAAAUUUUUUUAUUUUUUAUUAAAUGUUUUAGUUAGCGGAAGAUUGAAGUUGUUCCGCAGAGCAAUAUCAAAGGGAGAAAUGUAUGAUGAUGUUAUCCAUGUGUACAUAAGUCGAGUGUGCUUAGUAAUCAUGUAGUUGUGUAUAUCUUUAAAAUAAAAAAAUGUCUUUUUGUUUUUAAUCUUCAUGUAAACCUAAGCUGGAUGUAAACAAUUGACUAUUAGGUAAAUUUUAAGAUCUUUGUGUACUGUAAAUAUUGUCUUGUCUUCCUACCUUCAAAAUACAUUCAAUGAGUAUAA